AUGCUCCGCUUAGCUAACACGAACAUUCAUCUGCCCGCAGAAGGCGGUUCUUUUCACACGGAGAUGAACAACACCGGCGUCGAGCGGAUCGUGUUCAAAGUUCUCAGUUCGGAUCCCAACUACACCGUCAACUCCACUUACGGAUUUCUCGAGGCCAACGCCAACUUCGAUCUCGAAAUCACCAGGAAGGUUCGUCUUCCAUCAAAUUGCUUCGAAUUGAGUUGAGAACAUGAGAGAACGUCCGCGAAAAAUUGGAUAAUGGAAUAGUGAUUAUAGGUUUGAAAAACGAACCUUAGCCAGGCGUGAAAUAUAAAUACCAAAAAUUGAAACUGGACUAACAAUUUCAAAUGGAAAAAAAUGAACCAAGACUGCCCAGAAAUAUGCGCUGCGAGCUGAUUUGAAAAUUUCGCUGUCUUUUGUGAACUACAUAUUCACAGAGCAAAAGAUGUUUGGGGUUUUUUUUAUAAUUAAAAAUGAUUUUAAUCUCUCAGAGACGCCGGAAACUUUUUCAGUAUGGAGCGCCAAAAAACGACGUCAUCGUAGUGGAGUACGGUAUCGUGCCGAGAGGAUCCACUGCAUCAUCUGCAAGUGACGCCUUCAGGGAUUGCCCACGGACCGAACGCCAAGUCAUUCGUCUUGCCGCCCUUUAA